UCUUCAGUAAAUAAUCGUCUCUGCUUUCCUGCCUUAAUUUGGCAAACAUGAAAAAAGGGCAAAGAACGCUACACCUUAUGACUGACGACAGUACAUUUGUAAGAAAAGUCCAGGAAACUCAUGCUCCUGAUGGGCGAUAUGUUGAUUGCAAGCUGAUUUUAGAGAUAGCUGAGGAGAUCUUCGACUUGGCAAUGGCUGCAGAGGCUAAGCACAUUGGAGCAACAAGCAUGGACAAGGAGGGUACUCCAGCAGCUGAGCAAGAAGAACACGAGCAACAUGGUGAUUCUGACUUGUUCAAGGGCCUGUCUGAUAUUAUUAAGAGAAUCUCCAUUGAGACAGCCUACUCUGAUGACGUCGAUACGCAUUCAAAAACUAUGUCCUUGUUGAAAUCUUUAUCCAGCUAUUCAUGGGAGGCAAAGUUGGUGCUAUCACUAGCUGCUGUGGCUUUAAAUUAUGGCGAAUGUUUGCUCCUCACUGAGCUUUACUUAUCAAAUAAUCUUCCUGAACAAAUGGCAAUCCUCAAGGGAAUGGCAGAUAUUCGCCAAUACUCAGACAUGCUAAAAUCCCGGGUCAGUGCUCUCAACAGUCUCAUUAAGUCGAUAUUGAAUCUAGCCAAAUGCGUCAUUGAGUUCACAGAGCUACUGUCUGUGUCUUCUUCCCUUGAUGUCAAAGCAUCUUCGGUUGCCACUGAUGCCAUCAUCUCAGCCACUUACUGGACCAUCAGGGGUGCCGUUGCUUCUGUAAAUUCUGCCCAGCUGAAUACCAAAAUAGGUUUUGAGACAAUAUCAACGACUGAGCUGUGGGAACUAUCCUCAUUGGGACACAAAAUGGGAUCCAUGAAGGAACAUUUACAGAGUCAAUUAACUUUUUUCCGCAGUCAUAUUGAGGAGAAGAAGGUGAAGGAUGCUUAUGACGCACUGGUCUUUCUUACUCGGUACCCACCUAGAGAUAACUUGGAAGUUCUUAAAGUUUUAUUAUGCCCCAACGAAGAGGAGCAACCUUUGUAUGAUGCUUCUAAUAAGACAACGGUCAAGCUUGAUAUCCUAAGGAAGAAGACUGUUCUAUUGCUUAUAUCAGGAUUAGAUAUUGAUGAGGAUCAGGACUUGGUUAUUCUUUCUGCCAUUUACAAAGAAUCCAGGAUGCAUGAAACAUCAGCAGAAAAUCACUAUGAAGUGGUCUGGAUCCCCAUUCUUGAUCCUUCUAACAAGAUGACACCUGAUAUGGAAAAAAUCUUGGAGAACAAAAGGACUAGAAUGCAAUGGUACUCAGUAAAUGCCCCAAAUAAGAUUGAUCCACUUGUCAUAAAACUCAUCAGGGAGCAGUACCACUACCAGGAUCAACCAAUUGUUAUGGUGUUGGAUCCACAGGGAAUGGUGGUAAAUACAAAUGCCAUUGAUAUGAUAUGGAUAUGGCAAAAUAGGGCAUUUCCUUUUUCGCAGGCCACUGAAGAAGCUCUCUGGAAGGAUGGGGUCUCGGGGCUUGAGUUGUUUGUCAAUGGCUUUCACCAUGAAAUUGAGAAUUGGGUGAAGGAGGGAAAGUACGUCAUUCUGUAUGGAGGAGAUGAUGUUGAAUGGAUCCGCAACUUUGUCAGCUCGACUCGUCAAGUGAAGGAGGCGGGACACAUCCCACUAGAGAUGUUAUAUGCAGGAAGGAGCAACCAAAAGGAGCAAGACAUGAACAAUUUAAUCAACUCGAUUGUGAACGAAAAGCUCGGUGAAAUCUUGGGAGAUGUGAACACGAUAUCGCUUUUCUGGAAUCGAAUUGAGCACAUGAAGCGUUCCAGGAUCAGACUGGGAAGUGGUAAAGUUGGAGAAGAUCAAGAUCCACUCCUGCAGGACAUCACAAAACUUCUGAGUUAUGACCAGAUCAUGGGUAGAUGGGCAUCCCUAUUCAAAGGAAACGAACUGGUCUUAACGGGGUAUGGAAAUAUCAUGCUUCCUACAAUGACAAGGUGCAUCGAAGCAUUGAAGGAGAAUGCAAACAAAGAGUUUGAUGUAACAUUCAAGGAGUGUUUCGACAGUUCUCAAAUCGUCGAUACCCCUCCCAUUCGACUCAUUUUGCCCAGCAGUUACGAGAGGAACAUUAGUGUGGUUUUAUGCAUCGAGUGCAGCCGCGUCAUGGACAAAUACAUCCUCUUCUCCUGCGACCACGGCAAGCAGUGACAACAAUGAUCAUAUUGGAAGCAGUCAAGUUUCUCCGUGUUAUAUAUAAUACACAGUAGUGGUUGUAGGCAAGUUUUGCCAACUUCAUGAUCUGUCGUAGACUCUAAAUAAUUUCUCAAAGCAAAAUAUUCCCCAAACUCCGGCUACAAUAAGCCUAUCUUACAGGACUAAAGUUUGAAAUCCUACCCGAGUCUUUUUCCCUCCUUCAACAGUUCAACCAACUACCAGCCUUCAGCCGUUAUAUUUUAACAGCAGAAGAUGAAAUGGACCAAUUAUGCAACCAUUUGAUCGCGGAGUUAACGAGGCGCAGAUUUGUUUCUCUUGGUGUAAAUGAAAUAUAGCCGCUGCGAAUCCAAUUUAAAUCAAAUUUAACCAUAAUCAUACAAUUGCCUGUCAAACUCUAUGCUGGGAAUCUUGAUUUGGCUCUUAUCCUGAAAUUUGUACUUCUGUGGGCAUCGGUCAUUGCAUAAGUGUACCUUAGUGAUGCUGCAUCUACCACUGGAUAAAGCUUCUACGUAGACACAGUACUGAAAUUUGCAAUUUUGUGGGAUUAACCUGAAAUAUUUUUCCCUCAAAUUUGCUCUUUAGUCAAUGUAUGGUAGAAAAUAGUCAUUUCUGACUAAGGCCUCCCAUUUAAAUGAAGAUACAAAUAAAGUCACUGGCGGAAAUGUGUUCAUCAAUGAGUUAAAAACCUUGUCUUAUAAUUUACAUCAACUCGAUGAUUCUUCUCCUCCAAAAGAAAUUCACACCCACUUGAUUUGCUUCUUUAACUUGUUCACAUUAAUAAACAGGUGGAGGCAAUUGCCAUCCUGCAACA